CUUUCUCCUUCUCCUUCCUCCUCGUCAUCAACUCCGUCUCCUCCUCGGCCUCGCCCGGUUACUGCUUUAAAAGAGGAGAGAAGCAAGAGUGUACAUGCUCUCUUGCUCUCUCUGUCUUUCUCUUGCUCUCUCUCGCUCUCUGUACACGACGUUAGUAUUCUUUUUUCUAUGCUACACACAUGAUGCUUUCUCUCUCCAUUACCCGCCGCUAUCUAUCGCGAUGUUGUUAUUAACGAUUCUUCCCGCUACUAUAUCCUACAGAGGCGCCUGGCCCCAACCACAAGCCUAGCCAUAUGCGCUAGAGUUUCGUUUCGCCACAGCGGACAUGGAUUUGUCUAGCUGUGGCUGUCGCCCCAAUGUGGCGUAAUACCUCGUGGGCUGCCCGCCAACUGUGGUACGCCUUUCUUUUUACUAUACUUUGUGGCCUCUUCUUCACCAUCAUGUGUCAU